GCUGUGUGACUGCCGCAGCUGCAAGACACACACAGAAAUAGUCGGCAGCUCGGCGACGUUGGAACUUUAGUGCUCGAGCUGUCGCAUUCAUGUUGGAUUCGCGAUGCCGACCAAAUCAUUGGCCGACCUCAUCAUUUCCAGGCUUCAUGUGGAGAAGAUGGAAGGCGGAGUGGUAGUGGCUGGCCGAUCCUUCCGCACGGCCAGCCAGUGCCCCACAUUGAUCCUGCUCUUUUCCGGUUGCUUCACCGUUGCCGGUGUGGUGUUGACGGUGUUGGUCUAUCGUCCGCUCACCUACACCAACACGCAUUACCUACAGCACCUGACGGGAUCGCAAAUUGGUGGGCCCAUUCUGGUCGUCGUCGGUCUUCUCUUCUUGGCUGUCGGAUUGGCCCUUCACAUCGUCUCUCAACGCCUUAAAUUCCCGUCCGAUCAAGCCCAGCUAGAGACGGACGCCGCCCCCGCCACAUCUACCACCACCAUAUCCACCACGUCCACAACCAAGUCGCCACUGGGUAGAUUGAAAGAGUAUCGAUGCUGCUGGAAGAUUCCCUGGAAGUGGGUGAGAAAGUCGACGAAAACAAUCAGCGUCAGGAAGAAAAAGGUGGUCACCGAUUUGCUGGCCAGCACCGAAUACGUUUGCAUGAUCGAGCGGAGUUAUAGUUCCAACAGCUAUUACGAGAGCUACGACGUGGCCAGUUUUCCUGGCACUUAUUGUUACAGCAUCGAUCGGAGCCUUCGAUCCGGCGGCAGCAGCAGUAGCAUCAAUAGUCCUGUACAGUUGAAGACAAGGUUGUAAUCCAUCCUUAAGCCCACCCUCCUCUUCCAUUCUUCUGACUCCCGAAUUACCACCACCCUGUACACUCUCUCUUCUUCUUGAUUCCCAUCACUUUCGACUAUAUUCCGGUGUCUGUAAUUAAUUUCAGAACUUUUACCCCUCCGUUUUUUACGGUUUUGAACAAGAAAACGAGACGAAAAAAGAAAAUGCCAAAAA